GAAAAUCUUGCAGAGCUGCAUUGAGCUGACGCGGCAAGGGGGUGCCCAGGAGACGGAACCGGGUUUGGCGCGCGCGUGAGGCAUGGGGGCCGCGUCUCGGGCGGCGCGACGCGCAGGUUCCGAGGCGCUGCGGCGCUGGGAGGCGUCCUACUCUUCCGGUCGCGCGGGCAUCGCCUCCCCGUCGCCCGUCUCGCGCGCCCCGCCAGCGCACAGGCUCGCCGACAUCUUCCCGAAGAAGCUCGUCGACGACAUAUACCGCUCGAGCUUCAAGAGCCAGACGGGCGUGAGCCUCAAGUACAUGAUGGACUUCGGCGCGCAGCCCAUCCAGCGGCAGCUCAUGGUCAGCGCGCAGUUCCUCCACAACGAGCUCCCCGUUCGCUUCGCGCACAGGGUCGCCGAGCUCGAGAACCUCCCGCUCGGGCUCUCGUCCAAGGAGCAGGUGCAGACGGUGCGGGACUGGUACGUGGAAUCGUACGAUGAGCUUAAGAAGUUUCCGCCCAUCGCAAACAGAGAGGACGAGGCCAAGUUCACGACGCUGAUCAAGCGGGUGAUGGACAGGCACGCCAACGUGGUGCCGAUGAUUGCGCGCGGAGUGCUGGAGCUGAAGCUGGAGCUGGAGAGGGAGGGCGGCGAGGGCGGCGCGCGGCUGGGGAAGCGGGGCGUGGAGAACAAGUGGAUGAACGACAUGCCGGAGAUACACCAGUUCCUGGACGGCUUCUACAUGUCGCGCAUAGGGAUACGAAUGCUGAUGGGUCAGCACGUCGCGCUCGAGGAGGCGGCGGCGACGGCGCCGCAGGAGAAUUACAUCGGCCUCAUCUGCACCAAGGUCUCCCCGGUGGCGGUCGCCAGGGACGCCAUCGAGGACGCGCGGAGCAUCUGCAUGCGGCAGUACGGCGAUGCGCCCGAGGUUGAGGUUUUCGGCGACGAAUCGUUCACGUUCGCGUACGUGCCCGGCCACCUCCACCAGAUGCUCUUCGAGCUGGUCAAAAACUCGCUGAGGGCGGUGAGCGACAAGUACCUCGACUCCGAUCAGAUGCCGCCGCCCAUCCGCGUGGUAAUAGCGGAGGGCGCCGAGGACGUCACGAUUAAGAUCAGCGACGAGGGCGGCGGGAUCAGGCGGUCCGGUCUGCAGCGGAUAUGGACGUAUCUCUACACCACGGCUAACUCGCCGCUGCUGGAGAUGGACGCAGACACCGGAGCGGGGCCCGCGGUGUUGGCGGGAUACGGCUACGGAUUACCGCUGUCCAGGCUGUACGCGCGGUACUUUGGGGGUGACCUACAGGUGCUGUCCAUGGACGGGUACGGGACGGACGCGUACCUGCACCUGAACAGGUUGGGCAACAUCGCGGAGCCGCUCCCGUGAUUUGAUUCUUAUAAGUGGUUCAACCACUCGUUAGGACACAUUAGUCGUUUGAAACGCACAUCGGACGGUGUUACGUUU